UCACUUGGCUCGGCUGUCAUUACGUAAAAAACCAUAUAGUUUUUUUUCUGUGCUGCUUGUGAAGAAAUUGUGUUCCACUAACUCUUCGCCUUACGCUAAAAAUGGCUGACCCCAAUUUGCACGACAAUCAAGUAAUAAAAGAUGGUGAAUCUUCCGAAAGCUGGCCUGCAUUCAAUAGGAGGAGCCCGAAUCCCUCUUUCUCCAGCGUUGAUCAACAAGGAAAUAAAACUAAGGCACGAAGGCAGCACCAAAGCCGUUCACAUUCUUUUCACUCAACAGCAAAUAGUGUUCCUGAAUCGCAGGGACCUCUUGAAUCUCGAUCUGAUCUGAACGCCAAGACAUCAUCGAAAAGCGAACGACCAUAUAUUUCCACAUCCAAUUCAAGCUGGACCUCUGAAUCCAGCUCCGGAAGUCCACCAGAUUCAGGAGAAUCGUCUUCGUUUUCGACUUCAUCUUCGCUUUCAUCAUCAUUAUUAUGUGCUCCAGAACCGAAAUCUAUUAACUGGAGCAACCCGAAAUCUUCUUCAAAUAUCUCAAAUGAAACCACAACUUCUGCGGGACAGGUUGGCGGCAUUCCGAGCUUUUCAGAAAGUGAUGACCAGGGAAGUGUCGACUCUGAAACAGUCUCUAACAUCAGAAAAUCAACUUCCCUCAUAGAACUUAAAGACAAUUUCAAUACAAUCAUUGACGAAGAUAAUAAUCAACAGCUCUCUAACGAGGGCAACAUAUUGUCCCCUGGGACAGUUUCUAUUUCCAAUUUUCCAAGCUCGAAUGAAGUAGCAAAUGGAUUGAUUGAUGAGAUGGAACAAGACCUACUCUCGAAGCAACAUUCUACAUCGACCCCAAUAAAUAAAAGUAAUACAAUGGAAAAAGAAUUGCUCCCAUUGCAAUGUUCUUCAUUUCCACCGACAUCAUCCGAAGGUAAUAUUUUAAAACCCAGGGUCAAUCCUGUGCCAUUAGGUCCCAGCUCAAAUACAGAGUAUGAAUCAAAUGGAAAAAAUUACAACAUUGAAAAAAGGUUGUCCCAAUUGCGAUAUAGUUCAGAUGAAAAGGAAUCCGAUGUCUUGUCGUAUGCCUCUUCUGAUAGUCUCGAUUUAAAUUUCGAUUACGGUGAUAAUGCAAAGAAUCAAAAUGGAAAUGGAAUGAAUGGAGAGGUAAAUGGUGAUAAGGAGUCGCAAGUUCUUGAUAUAGAAGAACAACGCAAACCUUUUGAAAAAGAUGUAGCAGUUAAGUUCCAGACCACCAUAACAACCCAAAAUUGUGGACUUCUAAAAGGUCCAUCGCAGUUUCUGAAGAUGCCUUAUUUCAUACCCGUGGAAUCCAAGGCAUACGUGCCUGAAACCUUUCAGGAUCGCAUGACUAAGAAUGAUUUGAAGGACGAACAGUCACGCGAGGAUUUCAUAAAUCGUCUAAAGGCAACUGUUAGGUGGCGCGAGAACGAAAACAAAACCAAGGAGUCCAAUGCGAAAAUUGUUCGUUGGUCCGAUGGCAGCGAAACCUUUCAUGUGGGCAACGAGGUUUUCGAUAUGAUGCAUCACCCGGUGACCGUUAACCAGAACCAUUUGUAUGUUCGCCUGGGCAGCUUCUACCAGCCUCAGGGUUUGAUCCAGAAUAAGUUGACUGUGCGUCCCAUGCUGGACUCCAAUUUCGGACAGAGUCAUGUCCAGGCCUUGCGUAAUCGAGCCACGAAUAAGCCACAGUCUGGGUGCGUUAAGGUGAUAACGAACAUGGGCUCCAAUCCCGAGCACGAUCAUGAUCGGCGCAUGAAGGAGGAAUUGUCCAAGCUUCGCCAGGAGGGUCGUGAAAAGAAUCGCGCGCUUAUGAAGAAUCAUCCUCCGAAACGUGACAGGCACUAUCAAGGCUCCGAUCACAAUGUGGCCAAAAACGCAGGGGCAUUCGAAGAGGACGACGGUGAGGGUGCAGAUUGCGAGACAAGCUCUGCAUUGGAGGUUACGAAUGAACCAAUGCGCAGCGAGGAAGAUACCGAAGAUCAUAUGGACGAUGAUGCUUCUUGGAGCUCACCCAAUUCCCAGGAGGAAGGAAAGCAAUCGAGUUCCGAAGACGAUCUCCCGAUCGGAGGUGCUAUCCGCAAGCCCACGCGUUUGGUCUAUUCCGGAUCAGAUUCCGACUAAAUAUUAAAUAGCCGCUAGAUACGAAAUCUCAAUAAACAUGUCAUUAGCCAGCACGC